AUGGCUCCCUCCGCAGCAAUAGAUGCUCUAACGAGCAUUCUUGUCGCACGUUUUCUACGCAGCUAUGACUAUGCCGAAACAUUGGAGGCAUUUAUCCGCGAGGCUGGCCUUGAUGCCGACGCGGGGCAGAGCUCAGGCGACGACACCGAUGAAUGGACUAUCCAGAGCCUGCUCGAGGAAAAGAAAAAAUAUGAUCAAAAUGUGAAUUUUGAGCGAUACGGUGAAGAGAAUCAACAGUCGACUCUAUGGAGCGAACCAGCACCGUCAAAGCCUGUAGUUGUCCAGGCACCCACAUCGGCGAAUCCUCUUGCUGUAUCUGUGGAGCAAUGGCAAUGGCAGAAGCCUGGCGACGAAGACGCAGCGCAGUCCUAUAUUAUCUCUACGGGUUCAGACAAACAAGUCCAUCUAUUUAAUACGAAAGAAGGCAAUGCCGUCGUCUCAUCCUUAUCGAAUCUAUCUGAUUCACCUGUUCUGUCAUUCGUGUCAAUCCUUCAAGGCCGAUAUUGUCUCAUGACCAACAUGUCCGGCAAGCUGAUUCUCCAGUAUCAGUCUCAAACACUGGACAGCAGGAAGGACCAUAAAAAGUACGCGGUGAAGGUAGUCGCCCACCAAGAUAGGACUGAUCAAUCCAAGUGGUGGGUUGCCACCGCUGGCUGGGACGAGAUGGUUAUCCUUUAUUGUCUCAAUAUCCCGGAAGGCGAUGCAUCAACCCUGAAGAUCGGCGAACCAUUUGCGCGCAUUAAGAUCGAGUCAAACCCACAAUCACUCUUGUUCGUACCGCACGUGGACACAAACGAGCUUUCACUUCUCGUCUCACGCGAAGACUCGCCCCAGAUCUACUACUAUGAAGUCAAAGCAACCAACGAACCUGACAGCGAGGGCGAUGGCGAUGGCGAACCCGUAAUGUCACCCCGAGGAGCUCCGCUUGUGGGACAACAGAGCCUAGCUCCCCGUUCCAAUUCCUGGGGUGCGUUUUCGCCCGCGCAUAUGGUUCUCAGCCCACACGACCCCAGUCUCCUGGCCGUGGCUACUACAUCCUCGCUUCAUCUGAAGGUCAUGAUCGUGCGCCUGCUAUUUCCACGCGACCCACCAAAAGUCGAGCUAGAUUUUUCUGCUCAAACAUCACAAGCGGCUGAUGUGAUGGAGCUCCUGUCAAUUACAAACCGCGAGGAUGCCGCCAUUCUCGUGCAGGCAAAUACGUUCGCGCCGCAGACCGCUUACUCUACGCCGCAGCUGGCAUGGCGGCCUGACGGGUCUGGAGUGUGGGUGAAUGGUGACGACGGCGUUGUUCGUGGCAUAGAGACCAAGACUGGAAAGGUUGUUGCUCUGCUGAAGGGUGGUCAUGUAGAGGGCUGCAAGGUGCGGACUGUUUGGUCGGGAUAUGUUACUGUUCCUCAAGAAGGGGGUGAUCUAGUGCGUGAGGAAUGGGUUAUUAGUGGUGGAUUUGAUAAAAGGUUGAUUAUCUGGAAAGUAUGA